ACUCCGAACAAUCAUGAGGGUCUUCGUAGUUCUCGCCGUGAUCUUGGCUGUGGCCACCGCCGCGCCACAGUUUGGCGGAGGCAAUGCCAAUGCCAACGCUAAUGCCAACGCCCAAUCCGAAGGACAAGGUGGAUUCGGUCGUCCAGGAUUUGGAGGAGGUCCAGGAUUUGGAGGAGGUCCAGGAUUUGGAGGAGAGCCAGGAUUUGAAGGAGGAUUUAACAGAGGUCCAGGUGGAUUCGAAGGCCCUGGAGGUCCAGGAGGAUUCGGAGGCCCUGGAGGUCAGGGUGGAUUCGGAGGCCCUGGAGGUCAGGGUGGAUUCGGAGGUCAAGGUGGAUUCGGAGGUCAAGGUGGAUUUGGAGGCAAUUCCAAUUCCAACGCUAAUGCCAACGCUGUUGCCAAAGCCGAAGGCAACGGAUUUGGUGGCGGUAAUGCAAAUGCUAACGCUAACGCCAACGCUAGUAGCCGCGGAGGUGGCAACGCUAACGCCAAUGCUAACGCAAGUGCCUCUUCCAAUGCAUUUGGCAAAUAAAUAAGGAUAGUACGAAUUUUCCUUACGAACUAGUUUUCUAAUAUUUAACGAAAAUAAAAACAUAAAAAACUUAA